AUGCCUCGGCUAAUCCCAUCUGGACGCCACCGUCAGCAGGCCAGCCUCCUAACGACUCUCUUUACGUUAUUGUCAGCAACGGCUCUUGCAGAAGAUUCAAAGCGUGGCUUUGCAUUCAUAGGCGACACGCACAAGAGCGACAAUCAACUCCUUGCCUCCGGCUCAUCGCCACUGUCAUGGUACUACAACUGGUCACCCUACCCAAAUUCCGACCUCAUUCCAGCCGACACCCUCGAAUUCGUGCCUACGAUUCAUGGCAUCGACGCAACAAAUGAUGAUCAAACCGAGCGUGUAAUUCGAGAUCUACCACAGAGCAGCAAGCACCUUCUAUCCUUCAAUGAACCAGAUGGCUCAGAAGGUAGUGGCGGAAGUAGUAUCAGCCCCGAAGACGCAGCAAAUGCCUAUAUCAACUACGUUGUUCCAUUCCGCAAUGGAGAUAGCGGGGGAAGAAAGUGGUUGAUUAGCCAUCCCAGCACAACGGGCAGCCCAAAUGGUCUUGACUGGCUACGUCGCUUCAACGCGUCUUGCUAUGACAUCGACUCCAAAAACGGAUGCCCGGCGGACUUUGUUGCCGUGCAUUGGUAUGGCAAUUUCGAAGGCCUCACAAGCUGGCUGGGCACUCUGAACGAGUUCUACAACAUAAAUUCCACGCGCAAUGAACCGCUCAAGCUCUGGAUCACGGAAAUGGCACUCCCUCAGCAAGACGACGAUGACACUGUUGCAAUGAUGAAUCAAUCACUGCCAUACCUCGAUCGCCAGGAAAAUGUUGAGCGAUAUGCGUGGUUUGGAGCCUUUAGGACGGAUGACUCCAACGAAUGGACCGGGGACGGCGUAGCCUUGUUCGAUGACGACGGCGGCCUUACUGAGCUCGGCGCGCUGUAUAUGGGCAAUGGAUUCAAGGAGGGUCAGAAGGGCGAAGGUGCCGAGGAUGCUGCGAGUGGGGUGAAGGUCAGCAUUGGCAUGAUGACUGCAUUGUUCGUUUGCGCCACCAGUUUCGCCAUUUUGUAGACGACGACUGUUGUCACUGUAGUUUUUGUUUUGUAGAUACCUCUUAGAGAUACCACUGACGCACUGUAUUGAAUUCAGGUUAUAUAUUGAAUAUAAACUUGGAACGAUAAAGAUAUGUAAGGCUUUGGUGAGAAUAAUCGGACAG